AUGGUCGCGCCUCGACCGUGCCUGCCCCAUGCGCUCCCCUGCACCCGUGUGCCCGCUGCGCGCGCGCCCGCGUGGCCGGCCGCCCGUAGUCACCGGUCGGCCUCCCUUGCUCGCCGCGCAUUGCUGCUACCCCGCCCGCUGCCGCGCGCACCCGCGCUCACCUACGCAGCCCACGGCUCGCGCGCGCGCCCUUCACCAUGGCCCACCGCUCCUGCGCUGAGCCCCCGCCGUCCCACUCCGGCCCCGACGCCCUCCCCCUCCUUCUCCGGCGACCGCCCGCACACUCGCUGCCUCGCCUCUGCUCUGCCCGCGCGGCUCCCUUCGCCUCCGCGCCACUCCGGCCGUCUGCCGGUGCCGUGGCCGCCGGCGCCCCGCGGUGCUGGGCGGCGCCCGUUGCGGCUGCGCCCACCCCUCGCCUGUGUGCCCGCAGCCGCCGCCCGACGCCCGUGA